CUGGGCACUGGAAAAAGCAGAGAAAGGGGGGAAAGAUUAAAAAAAAAAGGAAGAGACUUUAUCUUUUUUUUUUUUUUCUCUUUUUUAUUUUUGGCUUUGUUCUUUGACUUUCUGGGUUUUUGUUUUAGAUUUAGAAGACGAGCACGGAUCUCUCUCUUUGUUUCUUUAUAAUCUUGUUUUCCAUCUGUUUCUCUUUUUCCCCUAAUUUUUGGAAGAUUCGACCUUUUCUAUCAAAUCCAGCUUCUGCUUUAGCUUGUCGAAAUACUCGGAGGGGCUUCCGGGUUUUGUCGGAGAAAUCAUGAAGGCUUGCCCUUGCAGACCGAUGUGAUUCAGCUUCUGGGUUUCGAUUCCAAUCCAAAAAAAGUUCUUUCUUAAUAAGGUGACUCAGAAAUGCCAAGGACUCAUAUGGCCUUUCUUAUUGGUGCCUAUGAACAGACCCACAUGCGCUUUGUGGAUGGAAUCUGAGCUACGUAGUCAGAAACUUUUCGGGUUUUAGCUUUUUUCAGCUACUGUUAACUGGUAGAGGUGAUGGAGUUAUAAAGAAAAGGUUUCAAUCUUGUGAAGGAGAGAGAUCCUGCCCAAAGCAAGCGAAAUGUCGUUCAGAAGCAUUGUUCGUGAUGUGAGGGAUGGUUUGGGGAGCUUGUCGAGGAGGAGUUUCGAUUUCAGGCUCUCGAGUCUCCACAAGGGAAAAUCGCACGGAUCUUUCCGGGAGAAUUCUUCUCGUGACCUGACGAAUGUGACGAUAACUCAGACGAGUAGAUGGGCCAAUCUUCCUCCAGAGCUUCUUUAUGAUGUGAUCAGGAGGUUGGAGGAGAGUGAGAGUAAUUGGCCUGCAAGAAAACAUGUCAUAGCUUGUGCUUCUGUUUGCCGUUCUUGGAGAGCUAUGUGCCAUGAGGUUGUCAAGGGUCCUGAACUCUGUGGAAUGCUCACAUUUCCAGUUUCUCUCAAGCAGCCGGGGCCACGCGAUGGAAUGAUCCAGUGCUUCAUCAAAAGGGAUAAAACAAAGCUAACGUUUCACCUCUUUCUUUGCCUAAGUCCUGCUUUACUGGUGGAGAAUGGAAAAUUUCUUCUUUCGGCCAAGCGGACACGUAGAACUACUCGGACAGAGUACAUUAUCUCCAUGGAUGCCGGUAACAUCUCAAGAUCCAGCAACAGUUACCUUGGAAAACUGAGAUCGAAUUUCCUUGGGACGAAGUUCUUGGUUUAUGAUACGCAGCCACCGUGCAUUUCAUCGAGGAGCCUUGUGACCGAUCAGACGAGCCGGAGUAGAUUCCAUUCCAAAAGGGUCUCUCCGAAAAUCCCCUCCGGCUCAUACACCAUAGCUCAGAUCACCUACGAGCUCAAUGUCCUUGGCACUCGUGGCCCAAGACGCAUGAACUGUAUCUUGAACUCCAUCCCGGCUUCAUCCCUCGAGACAGGUGGCUCUGUCCCUGGCCAACCCGAGAAACUCCUCCCGCCACGAACCCUCGAUGACUCGUUCCGGAGCAUCUCCUCUUUCUCUAAAUCACUCGACCGCUCGGUGGAUUUCGCCAGCUCAAGAUUCUCCGAAAUGGGUAUAUCUUGCGAUGAAAACGCUGAGGAAGACAUUGGUUUCAGACCGCUGAUACUGAAGAACAAACAGCCGAGGUGGCACGAGCAGUUACAGUGUUGGUGUCUGAAUUUCCGGGGGCGAGUGACCGUCGCGUCAGUGAAGAACUUCCAGCUGGUGGCGGUGAGGCAGCCGCCGCCGCCGGCCCCGGGGAUGGCGACGACGUCAUCGCAACACGAUCAGGAGAAGGUGAUUCUUCAGUUCGGGAAAGUGGGGAAGGACAUGUUCACGAUGGAUUACAGGUAUCCAUUGUCGGCCUUUCAAGCUUUCGCCAUAUGCUUGAGCAGCUUCGACACGAAGCUCGCUUGUGAAUAAAAACAGCUAAGGAACUGAGUAGUUAAGUAGAGUGCUAUUUGACAGACUUUGCCCCUCAUUCAUAUGCUGUAAUCUCUAAUCUUGCUCUGGUUUUUUCUUUUAUGCUGACGUGGAAGAUUUCUGAUGUUAGGGGUAUUUUUGUCAUUUCUUA